UGCCGGGGGCUUGAAGAAGGCCUCCUGCCGGAACCAAGUUUUUUAGACCAGCUGGGGGGAAAAGAAAGGAACGAGCAUUUCAGGAUCAGGACAAAUCACACGUAUUUGACAAGAUCAGAGCUGCAGGAGAAUGGACAGUGAAGUACAGAGAGAUGGAAGGAUCUUGGAUUUGAUUGAUGAUGCGUGGCGAGAAGAUAAGCUGCCCUACGAGGAUGUUGCAAUACCACUGAAUGAGCUUCCUGAACCUGAGCAGGACAACGGUGGCACCACGGAAUCAGUUAAAGAACAAGAGAUGAAGUGGACCGACUUGGCCUUACAGUACCUGCACGAGAAUGUCCCCCCCGUAGGAAACUGACACCUAGCUCCCUUCUCACGGACAGAUUUUAUUUUUUAAUAGAGAUACAAAAUGUUUUCUUUCAGUCUCCUAAUUGAAAUCUUUUAGUGAUAGAUCCAACACUCAAAAAUGUACACCCACUUAAUUUGUGGCAGCAAAGUGCAAUGUGGAAAUACCAGAAUGGGAAAUGGGUUGAGAUUUCUCAGGAAUGCAGAAUAUUUGGCUCUUUGAACCUGAAGUUCUUCAUGUGUUAGCUUGUGUUUAAACAUGUUUGGUUAAACAUUUGCCUUUAAUUUUGCUUUACUGUCCGAGUCUAACACUUCCCAUCUGCUUGUGUGUGUCCUGUGACAGGUGGUUGAAGAUAGGAGAGGAAAAGGCUAAGGAGGAAGCUAGGCUAAGGAGAAUGACUAACUUCCCAUGUAUCCCACUUGGAGAAGCAGUCUGAGUGGGUGUGGAGAUGUACUAGACAUUCAGAAGCCCAUUCACUGACUGCUGGGAUGCCUGAGAUUCCCCAUGAUGUUUUCAAACCUUGGGUACAUUUCUAAAUUAAACAGUAUCUGACAUUCCCUCUGCUCUCCCCACCACUUUUGAUGCCUCUAGGAAGGAUCUUCAGCUAGAUGAAUCACUGGUUUUAUCUAGUAAGGUGAUUUACUUUCUCAGCCCUUUGAGGUAUAACCAAAACACCAUGAAGUCAGUAUUUGGUUAUAAAUUGUAUGAGAACUUGUACUUUGCAAAACACUUACAUUUAUCUCCUUGGAAUUAUUUGCCUCUGUUAAGUGGUGUCUGCCUUGUUCUCUGUCUAGAUUGUAAACUCUGGGAAGAAGCCCUGGCUUAUACUUCUGUAUCCAUCAUUGAAAAAGUGAAAACACUGAGUAAUUGAAAUCUCUUCUCAUCCUGUU